UAUCGAUCUGUAUCUAUCCCUCCCACACUCCGCAUCUAUCCCAUGCCCAAAGUUGUCCAAGCUCUCCUCAUAGACCUCAACGGCACCCUGCACGUCGGGAGCACGCCGACGCCUCGCGCUGUCGCGGCGCUGGAGCGCCUGCGCGCCGCGCGCGUCCCCUUCGUCCUGUGCUCGAACAACACCCGCGAGUCCGAGACGCGCCUCCUCUCAACGCUGGGCGGCAUGGGCCUGCGCGCAGCCCCGCACGAGCUCAUGACCUCUCUCGGCGCAUGCCGGGCGCUGGUCGAGAAACGAGGGUUGACACCAUUCCUCCUCUUGGCGCCCGACGCGCUCGACGAGUUCAAGGCGCUCCCCGCGCACCCGCCGGCCGAGUGCGAUGCCGUCGUCAUCGGCCUACACCCCCCCGGGUUCGGGUAUGAGAACUUGAACACGGCGUUCCGGAUUUUGAAGCAGGAGCCGGUGGGCCCGGUGGACCCGGCGGAAGGACGUACGGCGGCGUCGAGCGCCGCCGUGUCGAGACGCCCCUCCCCCUCCCCCUCCCCCUCCCCAAAGGGGAGGAAACCGGUCCUCAUCGCCCCGCACAAGGCGGCGUACUCGCAGGCGAACGCGACCGCCGCGUUCCCCGCCGGCCUGUCGCUCGGCAUCGGGCCGUAUGUCGCUGCGCUCGAGUAUGCGAGCGGCGUCAAGGCCGAGGUGGUGGGCAAGCCGACGCGCGCGUUCUUCGAGCUCGCGCUCGCGCGGUUGCGGAGCGGAGGGUGGGACGGGGAGGACGCGGACGUCGCGAUCGUCGGGGAUGAUGUCGACAACGACUUGGGCGGGGGCGCGAGAGAGCUCGGGCUGCAGCGCAUCCUUGUGCGGACGGGCAAGUACCGUCCUGGGGCGGAAGAGGGGGCACAUCCUCCUAAUGGCGUGUAUGAUUCAUUCGCGGAUUAUGUCGACGUGAUAUUGACAUAGAGUCUAGAGAGGAUGAGCAUAGAGAUAGCUUUGGAGCAUGUAGGCGCAGUGCAGGCAAAGUGUAAUGAUCCAUGCAGAAAUGUACAGUCUAGUUGU